AUGUUUAAUCAAGUUGAAAGUUCUGCACAAAAUAGAUCAAAAUUUAAAAGUACCUUUGAUCUUUCUAUCUUCCAUUCGGGACACAAAAAAGCUUUGGAAAUUUACAAUCAAAUUGUAAAUGCAGAAGAUUCAAAUGAGCAUAUUUCGGCGUUAAAAAAUGCCAAAAUUUUUGAUUUUGAAGAAUUAAUAAAGAAAGGUCCAAACAAAUUGUUAAAUGAACUCGUUGAUAUGAUAAAUGAAAUUUUAGAAGGAAAAGAAAAGGAUAAUAUUAAAAACAUAAAUAUGGGGUUUUCGAUGUGGAAGACAUUGGCUUUUGGUUUUGAUUGGAAUAAAAUUGUGGAAAACUUGAAUUGUCAUCUUGACAAGAAAAAAGGUAAAAUGAACAAAGGUUUUGAUGCCCAAAUUGAUAAAGGGCUGAAAAAAUUAGCUAUAUUUUAA